AAUUCAGGCGAAUGUGGUACAUCCAAGUCAGAGAUCUUCAAAAAUCACGACUUAUCUUUUCGUCAUAAUGUAACAGGAUUGGAAAAGUCCAACAAUUAUAUUUUCGAGGUCACUGCGUAUACAAAAGAAGGAUAUGGGCGGAUAUCAACUACUGAAAUGAGAACAUCAGAAGAUUAUCCUUCUGCUCCACUUGGUCUUCAAAGAGAUUCCGUCACAAACUCAACCAUAAGUAUCAAAUUCAACAAACCUGAGAAGGAAAAUGGGAAACUCACACAUUUUCAAGUUGAAUAUGUAUUUAAAGCUCACAGCGGUUGUGAAGCAAAUAUGCAGAACGCUUUAAAUAUUAAAAAAGUAAAAAACGUGGCAAUUACGGAAAACAAGCUUUCCUAUUCAACAACGCUUGAAAGUUUAGAAUACUUCUGGAACUACACACUUCGAGUAAGAAUGGCCACCUCGGUUGGUUUUGGAAAUUAUAGUGAUCCGAUAUCAAUAAGAACUAAACCUGCAGUUCCAAAUCCAGUUUCUGAACUGGACUUAAAAGUAACUUCUUCGAGAGGAGUUGAAUUGAGAUGGAGUCCACCUUGUUAUUCGAAUGGAAUCAUUGUCAAUUACAGAAUUAUUGCAAGCAACCAUAAUAAUUCCCUUUCUACAACGUAUAACACCAAUCAGUCUGGAACUGUCUUUACGACCCAAAACCUUUUACCCUACUGCUAUUACUCCUUUAACAUUUCUGCCGAGGUCAACAGUGUGUUAGAACUGAGCGAUCCGACUACAUCCGAAACUGUUCGUACAUUUUCUGAACCUCCCAAACCUGCACGUGAAUUUAGACCGUACAACAAAACAUCGUCAUCAGUAAGCUUGAACUGGAAGCUUCCAGAAAUUAAGACUGGACCAACAUCAUAUAAUGUUACUGCAACUGACAAGGAAACCAAAGAAAUUGUUUCAUUCUGCACAAAAGAAGGUUAUUCAAAUACAAGGUGCACAGUUUCCAAUCUUGACUCCUACUGGAACUACAGUAUUUCUUUAUCUGUCAUCACCGAACCUUUUAAUGCGAGCACUGUACAUCUUGAUCACAUACAAACAGCAAUGAGUGCACCAGGACCUUUAACUAACGUUAAGGUGAUACAGGAGAGUAAUGUUACAGCUACCAGAAAAGUGUACAUAACGUGGGACCCGCCAUCUACUCGUGAUCUAAAUGGGAUAAUACAAAACUAUUUCGUUAGAUAUACAGAUUCAAGUAACUUUAAAAAGGAGUUCAAAUACCCCAGUAGUAAACGAAAAGCUGUAAUUGAUGUUAUCCCUGAAAGAAAGUACACCUUCCAAAUAUUUGCAAAAACCAAUGCCAACACAUCUGAAAGAGACUUUUGCAAUUUCACUGAAAAAAUAAAAGCAGGAGCACCAAUACCAAUUCACCUUCUACCAGGGGAACAUGUAAUAAGCAAAGGUUCAUCGUCUCAAGUCUCAAACGACGAGAAACAGUUAAAAGUUUUGCUUAACAAACGUUUUCUAUGUGAUAAUCAGAACGGAAUCCCUGUGAAGUGGUACAUAAUUGUGGCAAAACAUUUCAAAGGAAUAUCAGUGCCCUUUCAUGGAUCUAAGGAAGACUACGUCGAUAUGAUAAAAAGGAAGAAAAUAUAUAAAACAUGGAGGGAUGUUUAUAAAAACGAGGACAAUAAUUUGUAUGUUGCGACACAGUCCUGGUCCCCAAAAUGCACAACUGAUAUUAAACAACCUGAAAGUUUUACUGUCGGUAGUGAAGGGGAAUGUGAUAACAAAGGGCAGUAUUGCAACGGCUAUCUCGAACCGGAUACUGAUUAUAGAGUCCGGUUUACAGUGUGUACCAAUGGCGGGUGUUUAGAGUCGGAAUUUUCAGCCUCCAUUGCCACAGAACCAAAUCCUGUCCCUUUGAUUGCUGGAUCAGUAUCUGGAGUUGCUGCAGCUAUAAUUGUCUUAGUCAUUGUUUUGAUAUAUCUGAGGAGAAAUCGCAAAGGACCAUUUAGUAAAGGUAAAUCAACAGACCCGGGUCAGGAAAAUCAAGGGUUUUCAACUACAGUGGAAAUGGAAAGUGUUUCAAAACCAAGGCCAAUAAAGAUUGCAGAAUUUGCUUCCCAUGUUCAGGAUAUGCAUGCUGAUAGUAAUCUGGAGUUUUCCCAUGAAUACAAGCUAAUAAAAGAGACCUGCGCAACCCACAGCACAAAAGCUGCGGAGAUCCAGGUUAACAGAAUAAAGAACCGAUAUACCAAUAUUUUAUCUUAUGACCACAGUAGAGUUAAACUGCUUCCAACUGAAGAUGACGAAGGUUCUGAUUAUAUAAACGCCAAUUACAUUCCGGGAUUUUCUUCACCAAGAGAAUAUAUCGCAACACAGGGACCUCUACCAUUCACUCGUGAUGACUUCUGGCGAAUGAUUUGGGAGCAAAAUGUCAGUAUAAUUGUUAUGCUAACACAGCUGGUAGAGAGAGGCCGGCGAAAGUGUGAUAUAUACUGGCCAGAGACAACUAGAGAACCUGUAUAUUACGGAGACCUUGUGGUUGAAAUCGAAUCAGAAUCUACCCUUCCAGAUUAUGUUCUAAGAGUGAUGUCAGUGAAGUUGGGUGACAGCAGAAAAACAGUGAAACAAUUCUGCUUUUUAGCAUGGCCUGAUAUGGGUAUUCCUGAAACAUCUGAAACUAUGCUUAAAUUCACAAAAGAGGUUAGAAGUCAUUUGCCUCCUCCUACAACUAAUAGAGGACCUCUUGUUGUACAUUGCAGCGCUGGAGUAGGACGUACCGGUACAUUUAUUGCUGUUGAUUAUUUGAUGCAACAAGUCAGCUCCAGUGAUGUCAUCGACAUUUACGAUUAUGUUAUGAAAAUGCGUAAUAAUCGUCCAAAUAUGGUUCAAACUGAGGACCAGUACAUUUUCAUCCAUGACUGCAUCAAAGACUUUGUCAACAGAAGUGACGAGGACAGUGACGAUGAAAACGAAGAGGGUCAAGUGGAUCAUGAAAAUCCUAUAUAUGCCAACAUGUAAGGAAAAUCAUCAUACGUUGUGUUACACAGGUGUGAAAGAAGAGCAUAUAAGCAGACUUAUUUUGUGAACAAAUUUUAAAAUUAGCAAGGGAGUAGUAUUAUAAUUUUUUCUAUCAUACACACAAAUACAUGAAUAGACAUCUAUGAAGGUAUUUUCCAGGUAUAGGUGCAACACUUUAUAUGAUGUUUUAACUUUACAUAUUUUUUAUUUCAAUAAACAAUGCAUUUUAUUUGAUUUUUAUCUAUUGUUUUCUAUAUUCCCAUCAUAUGAUAUGAUUGUCAAUGAUCAAAAACUGUUAUACUGCACAAUAAAAUUUGUAUUUUUGUGUGAGUAUUUUUGUAAGAGAAAAUGUUGAUGUCUUUUCAUUGUUAAUUUAUAAUGCAGGAUUACCAUCACAAAAUAUAUGUUGUAAUUUUCCAAUUUCACAGUAUCUAUAGAUUUAUAGCAUUUCUCUGUGUGAGGGUGUAUAUGUGUGAGGGUGUGUGUGUGAGUGAAACUUUUGAUGUACUGUUUUAAAAUCAUGAAUAGUUUUAGCAGUAUGAUUUAUUAUCGUUUAAGCAUAAUAAACAUGUACUCUAUAGAAUUCUAAAGAAGUUACGAUUUUCAUUAUGUAACUGAAAAUUUAAAACAAGUAAAGUGAUUAUAUCUACCUAAUUAUUACAUUGCCUACCUUUCUUUCUUAUUUGCAGUUCUAUAUAAUAGUUUUCCUUUUUAACAUUGGAUUGAUUUCAUAUGCUUAACAUAAUUCACUUUCAGUGAAAUUAAUAACGAAAUUUAAUUAAUCACAAUUGAUU